AUGGACCUAACUCGGGAAGAACUACGCGACGAUGGAGAGGGAGAGGAUAUGGAAAGAGAACCAUUAGCAGGUACCCACCUGAAGGAGAACAAAUUUUAUAGGACACGGUAUCCUGGUGCUGUGAGGCAAAAAGCCUAUAUAUUUGAUGGAGAAGGGAAUUAUUAUAACAAGGAGUGGGAUCUCAUGGAGGGUAGUGGCCAAGAGUUUUGUUGGUAUCAUGUGGAACUUCCAAAAGGGAACCAGAAGCUGUCACAAUCUGCCCAAUACCUAAUUGAUGUUCUUUGCCCACCCUUGAAACUCCAGGACAUUCUCUCAUUAGUUAGCAAUGGACCUUUUUGUGGGCAUGUAGAUGGCGCUCUUGUAUUCAGGGUUAAUUCUCCAGGCCCUGCUUCUAGCAAAUUUACCUUCAGGAUUGCUGCAAGAGUUACAGAGAAUUCGGUGAUUACUGUGUCUUUGGGUCGUGUUCCCAGAUUGGGUUUUUCGCCAGUGGGUCAGUCUCUUUUGUCAGAGAUUCCUAGUGUGGAAAGUCCAAAUUAUGUUGGAGACGAGCAAAAAGACAGGGGUGGUACUGUGAUCAGGGAGCAUGUUCUUGAUUUUUUAUUGACAAUGAAUCAUUCUGAGGAGGCUGAUAAUCCUGUGCCGAAAUCUGUCUCAAAUCUUCUUGUUCACAUUAUCGACACACAUGUGGAUCACCUCCAAGAUGUUGUGACCAAACUCGAAAUUGAGCUAGAUUCAGUAGAGUUGGAAUUGGAUAAAGAUGGCGCUCUUGUAUUCAGGGUUAAUUCUCCAGGCCCUGCUUCUAGCAAAUUUACCUUCAGGAUUGCUGCAAGAGUUACAGAGAAUUCGGUGAUUACUGUGUCUUUGGGUCGUGUUCCCAGAUUGGGUUUUUCGCCAGUGGGUCAGUCUCUUUUGUCAGAGAUUCCUAGUGUGGAAAGUCCAAAUUAUGUUGGAGACGAGCAAAAAGACAGGGGUGGUACUGUGAUCAGGGAGCAUGUUCUUGAUUUUUUAUUGACAAUGAAUCAUUCUGAGGAGGCUGAUAAUCCUGUGCCGAAAUCUGUCUCAAAUCUUCUUGUUCACAUUAUCGACACACAUGUGGAUCACCUCCAAGAUGUUGUGACCAAACUUGAAAUUGAGCUAGAUUCAGUAGAGUUGGAAUUGGAUAAAGGUGGUUUUACCUUAAAAAAGCAAAUGCUAGAUGAUAGAAGAUUCCCAAAAAUGCAUGCUGACUUGCAGCGCCUCCUGCAGGUGAUUGCAAAUGGGGAGCAAGUAUUUCCACGAGUCAGGGAGAAGUGCUCUUCAAAAAAUUGGUUUGCCAGUGAAGACAUUAGCUCCCUUGAGGAGUUAAUUGGACGUCUCAGGAGACUAAAGGAGAAUGUCGGGUUUAUAGCCAAUCGUGUUACAGCAAUCCAGGCUGGUCUUGAUAGCUGGCAGGCUGAGCAAAUAAAUAGAAAACUAUACUAUCUGUCUUUCCUUUCCAUCAUAUUUCUUCCUUUAUCAGUAAUCACUGGAGUGUUUGGGAUGAAUGUGGGAGGAGUUCCAUGGACAGAGCAAAGAAACCCGAAGGUGAAAGAAGGGUUUCGCAAUGUCAUGUUUGUCUGUUUCGCCAUGCUACUGCUUGUGCUUCUUUGCUUCCUUUUUCCAGCUCUUUAUACUCGUAUAGCUGCUUGGCGGAGAAGGAGAGCUCUGAGAAGAAGCUGGUCUCUAAACCGGAAGUCCUUUCUCAAGAGAACUGUGACAGGUGGAGACAGAGGAGGUUAUCUACGGAUAUAA